CACACCUCUAAUCAAAAUGUCUACCUCUACGUCCAUCGUCGCGAUACUGUACCAGGCGAGAUGGUACAUUGCUAGCGCUCUAUUUGCUUCAUACCUUGCCCAAAGCUUUCGAGUCUACCGUCGCCUGGCACAUGUCAAAGGACCAUGGCUUGCGCAAUUCUCUGAAGCUUGGCUUCUCGGAGCCAUAUACCGACAGCGAGCCCAUCACGAGUUCUAUGCCGUCAAUAAGAAAUAUGGGAAUCUCGCCAGAAUCGGACCUAAUACCCUGCUUACCUGCGAUGUAGACCACGUCGGUCGCAUGAGCGCCCCCCGUUCCCCUUAUGUGAGAUCAGAUUGGUACCUUGGAUUUCGAUUAGCACCCGGAAUUGAUAAUGUCUUUUCAAUGCGGGAUGAAAAAGCCCAUACAAAGCGUCGAGCGCAAAUGAAUCUCGGAUAUACCGGUAAAGAGAACAUAAACUUCGAGCCUCAAAUUGAUAUACACGUCUUGAAUUUCAUUAAUUUGAUUCGAAGGAAGUAUAUCUCGACUUAUCCGGAGAUGAAAGUCAUGGACCUUGCUCAAAAAGCCCAAUAUUUCACAAUCGAUGUGAUUACAGAUCUUGCGACUGGGGCUCCAUUUGGAGACUUGGCUACCGAUUCGGAUCAGCAUGACUAUCUCAGGACAACAAUGGAGGCGCAACCUGCAUUUGUUAUGAUUGGAAGCGUUCCUUCAGUGAACAAAUUUAUUCAGAUUCCAUUUAUUGGCAAGAGGCUAUUUCCAACUGCCGAGGAUGAGAUUGGAAUGGGAAAGAUGAUCGGGAUUGCCCAGGAAAAGGUUGCAGAGCGUUUCGACCCCGUGAGCAAGCUCAAAAUCGAGAAACCAGAUAUUUUGCAGUCGUUCAUAAAUCACGAUUUGACCAAGGAAGAAGCAGUUUCAGAAAGCCUGCUCUUAAUCCUCGGCGGGUCUGAUACAACUGCCUCCGCGAUCCGGGCAACGAUGUUAUGUAUCUUGACAUCACCCCAGGCAUAUCACAGUCUUCAGGCGGAGAUUGAUGGAGCUGUUCUUAGUAGCCCAGUUGUCCGUGAUGACGAAGCACGAAAACUUGUAUAUCUCCAAGCAGUGAUUCUUGAAGGCCUUCGGAUGCACCCACCAACUGGGGGUCUCCUGUCCAAGGUGACUCCUCCAGAAGGGGAUACAAUUGAUGGCAUUUUUGUUCCUGGGGGGGUUAAUAUCGCCACUAACACCUGGGCUCUUAUGCGGAGUCAAAAUGUGUUCGGGCCAGAUGUUGACUGCUUCCGCCCAGAGCGAUGGCUCAAUGUGAGUGAAGCAAAAUAUGCGGAAAUGGCUAGGGUUGUAGACAUGACCUUCGGGAGUGGGAGAUUUAAAUGUCUCGGGAGGACCAUUGCAUGGAUGGAGUUGAACAAGAUCUUUGUAGAGUUUCUACGAAACUUUGAUUGGGCUGUGGUUGAUCCAACAAAUCCUUGGAAGAGUGCAAAUCUGGGGAUUAUUGUGCACAGAGAAUUUUAUGUUCAGGUAACAAAACGAGGAGCGGGGAAAUGAGUCAAUAAAUAUUAGACGAAUAGCACACUAUAAUCGGAAUCUGGUCCACACUAUGUAUUGGCUAGUAUAAAUAAAUAAACUAUAUUUGAAC